GAGAAAAGCAGAUCAUCACAUGAUUUGCCAUCCAAGAUAUGUAGUAAAAAACCCCGUUAGGGAAAUCUCGGAGGUUGCGCUUCUUCUCAUUGAGCCGAGGUUUCGUCUUCAGUCCCCGGCGCUUGUCAAUUACCGACGAACAUUCCCUUCUCCGUGUCUCCCCCGUGCUUGUUCUCAUACUUAUCUACUUCUUCCCUCCAUCCUUUCCUUGCCCCUUUGAAAUAUUUUAACUUCUUCUAACUUUACUCCAGCUGGUCUGUUCGCUCCUUCGCUCUUCGUAGCGUCGCUCUCGGUCGAGUAACCCGUCUCGUGAUCUUCCCGGAAUCCGACAUCCGCUGCCCAAGCCGUCCUCCAGAGGAUACAACACUUCUUCUAUUAUACAAGAGAAGAUAAUAUUCACAAUAAUAAGCUACCAAAAUGGUCGCAGACGCUGUUGUCUACCACCCCGCGCUGGCGCAUUACUUGCGCUUUGUUGCGACCACCGUCGGCCGUGACAAGAUCAUGCGAACCCUGCAAUACUUCUCCCGCUUCUACGCCUGGUACCUUCUGCGCACCAACCGCCCGCAAUCCGCCAUCGAGCCCUUCAACGCCAUCAAGAAGCAAUUCGGCACCACCCGCAAAAUAAUCCGUAUCGGCAAGUUCCUCGAACACCUGAAAGCCGCUGCCAUCGCCGUCGACAACAAGGCCCCCAUCGACCCUGUGCUGCGCUACUUGGCCAUCGGUCGCCAGCUGGGCUAUGCGGGAUACCUGACGCUGGACACGAUUGGGGUCGUGGACACGAUGGGGAUUAAGAAGUUGAGCUAUGCGAAGAAGUUGCAGGAGAAUGCUUAUCGGUGCUGGAUGGUGGGGUUGAUUUUCAGCUCGGUUUCCAGUUUGUAUUCGCUGUGGAGGUUGCAGGAGAAGGAGAAGACGGUUGAUCGGAAGGAGGGUGAGGGUGUUGUUGAGGCGAAGAAGAUUGAGAAGUGCGUCCUUUUCGUUGUUCUGGUUGAAUUUUAUGCUAAUAAUUGCAGGGAACGCUCGACUGCUCGCACUCAGCUAGUUUCGGACGUUUGCGAUUUGGCCGCACCCGUCUCCGCUCUCAAGUACGCUGAUCUCGACGACGGUAUCGUUGGUAUUGGCGGUACCAUCUCUAGUUUGAUCGGUUUGCAGUCCCAGUGGCAAAAGACUGCAUGAGCGAGACCGUGGUUUCUGCGCAGUGCUAGUGGGUUGUUUGUUGUUAUUAUUAUAUACCGUGGGUUUGGUUGCGCUCCAGUUUACUACUCUGUUUUGUUAUCUUACGAGUACCUGUAUCUUUAUUGUCUAGCAAUAUAUUCCCCUUGUGUUUUCACGG